AUAAUCAUUCUUGCGCGCCGAGCUGAUGCAAGACUCUGGAUGAGAACAGUAGUGUUAACCGUGUCGACGAUAUCGGACAGGACGAGCAACAGCGAUCUUUGAUUCAGUCAUCAUGUCAGAAGACGAGAUUUUAUUCGACCCCACCACAACAAAGAAGAAGAAGAAGAAGAAGAAGCCCUUCAUGCUCGACGAGGAUGGAGAAGGAGAGGAGGCUCAGCAGACUGAACAGAAAGAACCUGAGCCGGAAGCAGCAGAGGAGCGAGAACUGGACCCUGAAGAUGAUGAAGUAAAGAAAAAGGAGACUUCGGAUGACUUGGAUGAUCUGAACUUCUUUAACCAGAAAAAGAAGAAAAAGAAACCGAAGAAGGUGUUUGAAAAUGACAUUGAGGAGGGCAUGAAGGAGCUGAAAAUUGACGGAGAGCAGCAGGAAAUGGAGGAAGAUGAUUUGGAUCUGAUGCUUCCAGCUAAAAAAAAGAAACAAAAAAAAGUGGAAUUCGUUGAGGAAAGUGACACUGUGGAAAAGGAUGAUGUUGUCGAGGAUGAUAAAAGCACAGAUGGCAUCACAUUCAGUUCACAGUCGGGCCCAGCAUGGGCCGGUUCAGAGAGGGAUUACACCUACGAUGAGUUGUUAAGCCGGGUGUUUAACAUCAUGAGGGAGAAGAACCCUGAUAUGGUGGCAGGGGAGAAGAGGAAGUUUGUGAUGAAGCCGCCUCAGGUGGUCCGAGUUGGGACCAAGAAAACUUCUUUUGUCAACUUCACUGACAUCUGCAAACUGUGAGUAUAAACAUUUAGUAU